ACCAUGAUCCUCCUGAUCUCUGCCUCCUGAGUAGCUAGGAUUACAGGCAUGAGUCAUGGUACCCAGCCCUAUCAAGAAUCUUGCUGAAGACAGACCAGGGUUUCAGGCAUCAGUGGGGCUUGAUGGAGCUGGAUGAGGAAACUGACCAGAUACCCAGGAAGAUCAGAUAUCAGGAAUCAGAUAUUAAGAUGACUUAGAAGGUUUUUGUGCUGGAUGUUCAAGGAAGUGGACAGAUGGUGCUGGCAGAAGACUCAGAAGCUUGAUGAGUUUGCCUCAUUUUCUUUUGCAGCUUUCGGCAUUCCAUUUUUAGUCCUCGUAUCUUGACUACAUGUGAUGUAGAUGUUUCUGUGGUUGGGUCUGUUUAUGGUUCAAUGCACCUCGUGUAUUUGGAUAUCCAUGUCGUCCCCUAGAUUUGGGAAAAUCUUUGUUACAGUUUCAUCGCAUAGGAUUUCUGUGCUUUAUUUGUGUCUCAGCUCCUCCUUCUACCCCUAUGGAUUGCUAGGUUUUAUCUCUUGAUCACCCCACAGAGGUCUGGAAAGCUGUGGUCAUGCAGGUUUAUUUCUCUGUUGCUUUCUGAACGUAAUAGCUCUUCAACUUUGACUUCAAUAUCUGAAAUUCUUUCUUCCACUUGCUCUAGUAUAUUGACAAAAUUUCCACUGUUUUUAUUUGAUUGAUUGAGGUUUUCAUGUCCAACAUUUCUGAUUACUUUUUUUUCCAGAAUCUCAGUGUCCUUGCUGAAUUUCUCACCCCUGUUGCUGACUUUCUAAUCCAGGUCUUCGUUGGACAUUCUCCUUCAUUCAGCUGUUUGUUUGGAUCCUUUUUGAGGUCAUUGGUCAUUUUUAGAAGUAGAUGUUUGAAUUCUUUGGCAUUUCAGCCAUUUCAGUACUUACGGUUUCACAAUUAAGCAGUUGUGAGCUUUGGAGGAGUCACACGGCCCUGCUUUUCAUAUCUCCCAUGUUUUUAGGGCGUGAUUUGUGCGUGUGUUGGGAUGGGCAUCUCCUCCAGUUUUAUUUGAUUGACUUCUUGGUGACCACUCUUGUUUUGAGGGCUCAACUCCAGGACCGCUGAGAGAGGAGAAAACCAGCCACAUAGCAGUGGUAACUGCGUUCACUUUAGAAGCUUCCUCUAUUGUUUACCUCUUUGUGUACCAGGAGUCACUGCUGGUCACAAGGCUCUUUAAUGCCCAUGAGCUGGGCAAGUUCCUUCUAGUACCACAGGAACUCCAGCGUGUGCCCAGGGGGCAGCAAGUGUCCAAGCCUAGAGGUGACCCCCAGAUGCAUCAAAGUAUAGGUACAAAAGCAGAGCAAUGGUUUCUGAACAUUCUAAAUGGGUAUAAAUGAGGGAACCAGACUCAAUCCUAGCCACAGAAAGCAGGACCACCGGUCACCAUUCCUAGCCCUACCUGUGUACCUUACUGCUUACACUUCUCAGUUCUUCUAUGUCAGCCCUCCUGCUUCUGCAACCACCUCUUAUAACCAUCACCCCCUCAGACUCUGUGGCAGGAUGACCCAGGGACUUCAGCCACAAUUGUUCUUUGUUUUCAGGUUCUCAGGAUAGCUCUGUGUCAAGAAUAAGCCCUUUUCAAGAUUGAACCUGACUUUAGCACUCUGAGAUAUGGGGAGAGACUUUUUUUGCUUUUCCAGUGCUUGUCUUCGGAAGGAAGGGGUCACUGUCACACUAAAUCCACACACUGGGUGUAAGGUUUACAUGAACUGUGGGUUUUUCCUGUGGUUAGGUCCGCCAAGACAUUCUUUCCACAUUUGCCUGGCUUAUUUUUUAGUUAUGGCUUUGGAUUCCAGUCCUGUCUCUGAGCCAGGAUCGCAGCUUCUCGCUGUUUCUUCUUUGCUCCUAGGUCACGUGUCUGUUUCUUAUGCUUUUCAGAAGUCCUGUCGCUUUUGUCCUAAUUCUCAAAGCUCUUCUUCUCUUUGGACCACAGCUCCUACUUUGUUUUGCUGAGUCUCCCAUGCAUGAGUCACGUGGAAGAAGUGUCAAAUCCACUCUCUUGCCACUUGCCCCCCAUCUUUCUGUUUCUAAUGUGUGAAUUUUUUGUGAGUAGAGUCAAUCCUGCAAUUAUGGUCUAAAGACAGAGCUAAAGGUGCCAGUGGUUCACUAGGAGAAAGAGUGGGUGGCCUUCUGGCUGUCCCUGGAUAAGACUUCAAGAUCAAAUACCGGCACCUGAUGAGGGCCUGCUUUCUGUGUCAUAAGGCAGGAGGGGAAAAAGAGUGAGCACCAGACACAAAAGAGGCUGGACUUGUCCUUGUAAGGAGCACAUUCCCUAGAUGACUAACCAUCCAGGGACAGGAUGUGUUCAAGCUUUAUCACGCCUAAGGAGUCAGAGGACCCACACAUCCCUCCCUGUGUCCAGGACAGCCAAUCGCCUUGUAAGAGGUGGCGAGCGGGCAGGGCAGCUAGCAGGCUUAAAAGCCUGAGUCCAGGCUACAGGGUCAGAUGCUUGCAGGACAGCCAUCUUUGAAGAGCAGAGUCUUGGGAGUGCACCUGCACCUGAGGAUUACACCUGCACAACUUCAGCCACCUCAGGUGAGUGUCCCCAGCCUCACUGAGUCAUGGUGGGAACCGGGAAUGGAGGAGGGGACCCAAGCAUGGAUGUAGUCAACGAGGCGGAUGCACCCUACAGAAACAAGAGCAUCUGGACCAACACUGGCAGUUGGGAACUUGGGGAAGGAUGGCAGGGGAAUCUAGGGUGUCACCAUGACCGCACAGAAGCACAAGUCCUGGCCAGGUAAGAUAAGAGAGCUGGGUGCUCACAAACCAGGCUGAGAUGCUUACUGUCCUCGCACGACUAGGUCAUAGCCUUUCGCUGACCACUCCCAGCUAACAGGCUUCAAAUUCUAAGAGAUGAGCUAAAGGCAGAAUCUGGUGACAUGUCCUUGGACAGUCAAUACCCAGAAUCCCACAGGGGAGACCUGCCCCAGGCCUGAGCCUGGGGCCCUGGGAGCUACCUACCGGUGUUCAGGAGCUGCUGUUGUUGAUGCUUCCAUUUGCUUGGCCCCAUGACCCUGUCCCCAGCUGGGGUAGAGAGUGGGGAGUUGGAGGCUGAUAGGUGAAAAUGCUGGAGUGUUGGAUGCUGCCCUUCCCAGACUCUCUAGAAGGACAUUCCAGAAGGGUUUCACUCAAGAAGGGGAGGCUCCAUGGCAUAGCCCAUCUCCUGCUGGGCAUUCACCUUGAUGAAGGUGGAGGUGUUCUCCCAACCCUUGGGGUUAUCUUUCCCCUGCCUCCCAGCUAGUGAGGUUUUGUUUGAUUGACAAACCUGGACCAACUGUUUCCUACUUCUAGCUGUUGGCUUGAGCGUCUGACCCACAGGCACGUCAACACCGUACUCACUCUAACUGACCACUGCAUACUCUGUUUCUACUCCUAGAGUUCUGGACAGGCUGAUGUUCAUUUUGUUGUGUCAACCAAAUACCUCCACUUGGCUGGUUUAAUCCAAACUACAUCCUCAGCCGUUUACAAAGUUUCUAGGAAAAUACUUUCAGGAACAAUUUAAAUACUGUUUUUCCUCCAUGGUGUCCUUCAUUUCUCAGGUAGGAAAAAGAAGGCUGCUAUAAAAGGCUUGGUCCAAUGAGUCCCUGAUUUCUUUUUCCUUUCUAGGCUUUGAAACAGGAUCCUUUUCAAUUCCUCGGCAUCCUUUGCUUGGGAAUGGCGUCCGAUGCCCCAACACUUAAUCACACUUUGGAUGUGCAAUGGGAGGAGUGGAAGACAAAACACAACAAAACCUACAGCAAGAAUGAAGAAGGACAGAGGCGAGCAAUAUGGGAGAACAAUUUGAAAAUGAUUGAGCUGCACAACGAGGAGUACAUCCAAGGGAAACACGACUUCACGCUGGCAAUGAACGCCUUCGGAGACAUGACGAAUGAAGAAUUCAGCGAGCAGUGGAAUGGCUUUGGAAUCCAGAAGCAGGAGCUGGAAAAAGUGUUUCAGGAAUGUUUGUCACGAGAUGUGUCCAACACUGUGGACAGUCGAGAAGAAGGUGAUGUAACUCCUGUGGAUGACGAGGAGACAUGUGAUUCUUGCUGUGCUUUUAGUGAGACUGGGGCCCUAGAAGGACAGCUGUACAGGAAAACUGACGACCUGUUCUCAGUGAGUGAGCAGAACCUACUGGACUGUUCUUCCUCUCAAGGAGAUGGUGACUGCCAAGCAGGCAAGUCCGGUACAGACUUCCAGGACGUGAAAGACAAUAGAGGACAGGACACGGAGGAAUCCCAGCCUUAUGAAGGCAAGGUUGUGAAGCAGGAAGCCUCAUCUCUUCCUCGCCACCCUUUGCUUGGGGGUGACCUCAGCCACUCCAACACCGGAUUGCACUUUGGAUGCACAAUGGGAGGAGUGCAAGACAAGACACAGCAGAACCUACAGCACGGUCGGUGACAUUGCAACUGCCCAGAUGGAGCCCAGAGAAAAUGGUCAUUGCUGUUGGGAUUUUACAGCCAGUGAGGAGCUUCUAGAAGCCAGGUCUUACCAAAGCAGUAAACUAAGGACACCUGUUGUGAAUGCAAAGUGAGCAGUGUCUCUGUUGUGUCUGAGCGUAGAGAACAGCUUCCGGAAGGGCGCUUAGUCCUCCCUAGACGACAGUUCCCUUCGUCUUUGUCAGCAGGUCCACGUGGUAAUCUUGGGUACUUUGUUCUCUUUGAAACCAAUGAGGAAUCCAGGCAAGCGAGGAAUGGCUUUGAACUCCAGAAGCCCGAGGAGGAGGGGAAAGUGUUUUAGGAAUUUAUGUUACAAAAUGUCUCCAAAUCCAUGGAUUGGAGAGAAAAGGCUUUGCAACCCCUGUGAGGGAACACGUAUGACACUGUCACAUUCAGCCCUUCCAGUACCCACAGAAAAGCCAAGAAAAAUGAACAUCUUUACUUUGUACACGGUGGCUCGGCCUUCAGCUCACUCUGUUC